UCAUAUUAUUCAGUUUUAAUUUUAGUGUUUGUAGUGCCCUUUUUUGUGAUAUCAGUGGUUGUUUGCACUUCGGGUUCGUCUUCAUGGACAUGGAGAUUUGGCAACAAGAUAUUGGAGACUGACUAUUCUUCAUCCCUAGCUGUCUCUACAAGAUCAAGACCUUCUCAAGUGCUUGAAGCUGCAGAAGCUCAUCAUAUUAAUUCUUCAUCAUCGUCAAAACCAAAUGAAACAACAACACAUCUUCUCCCUCAUCAAAUUGGAGAAAAACAUGAGAUGGUAUGGAAUGAUCAAGGCCUAGGAGCUGAUGAAGUUAAUGUGACUUCUGCAUCAACAACUAUAAAGAGAUAUAGCAGGUUAGAGAAACUUGAAGCAAAUUUGGCUGGAGUUCGGGCUUCGAUAAGAGAAGCUGCUCGAGUUCGAAAUCUAACCUCUACCCAUGAAGAUCCCGACUAUGUUCCUAAAGGACCAAUAUACAGGAAUGCAAAUGCUUUUCACAGGAGUUAUUUGGAGAUGGAGAGGCUUUUCAAGAUAUAUGUAUAUGAAGAAGGAGACCCACCAAUAUUUCACAAUGGUCCUUGCAAGAGCAUAUAUUCUACAGAAGGGAGGUUUAUUCAUGAAAUGGAAAUGGACAAUAACAUUUACAGAACCAGAGACCCUGAUGAGGCCCUGGUUUAUUUUCUCCCAUUUAGUGUGGUGAUGUUGGUUCAGUACCUCUAUGCGGCCGACUCCCAUAACACAGACUCCAUUGGACGGGCUGUCAUCGACUAUGUCAAUGUCAUUUCCGAUAAGCAUCCCUUCUGGAAUAGAAGCCUUGGCGCUGAUCACUUUAUGCUUUCUUGCCAUGAUUGGGGGCCGCGCACAUCUUCUUAUGUUCCUCAUUUAUACCACAAGUCCAUAAGAGUGUUAUGCAACGCCAACACUUCUGAAGGAUUCAAUCCUUCUAAAGAUGCCUCAUUUCCAGAAAUCCAUCUCCGAACAGGGGAAAUCAAAGGACUUCUUGGUGGGCUCUCCCCAUCUCGCAGGUCGAUUCUUGCCUUCUUCGCAGGCCGGCUACAUGGCCACAUAAGGUACUUGCUUCUAAAUGAAUGGAAAGAGAAAGACCAAGACGUGCAAGUUUACGACCAACUUCCCCACGGAGUGUCCUACGAAUCGAUGUUGAAGAAGAGCAGGUUUUGCUUAUGCCCUAGCGGUUAUGAAGUGGCAAACCCCAGAGUUGUGGAAGCCAUAUAUGCUGAAUGCAUUCCUGUGUUGAUAUCUGAUAGCUAUGUUCCACCAUUCAGUGAUGUUCUUGAUUGGAAGUCAUUCUCUGUCCAAAUACAAGUGAAGGACAUACCAAACAUCAAAACAAUACUAAUGGGAAUAUCUCAGAGUCAGUAUUUGAGAAUGCACAGGAGAGUGAAACAGGUUCAAAGGCAUUUUGUGGUAAACGGACCCUCCAAGAGAUUUGAUGUUUUCAAUAUGAUUGUUCACUCUAUUUGGCUCAGGAGGUUGAACAUUCACAUUGAGAAUCAGGUUGCAUAGAAGCUUUUCAGAUGGGACUUCUUUUAUUUAUCCCAAUGGGGAAAAAGCUACCUUAAGAGACAUUUCUCAGAAGAUAUAAUU